GGGUGGGGCGUUUGACCGCCUGCGGAGAAGGGGAGGCGGUGGGCGUCUGAGAGAACAGAGCAAGAUGGAGAAGCGAGCCCGAGGCGUGAAGCCGAGCGUCAACCAGACCUUGAACCAGACCCCUCAGCAGGCGCCGCUGGCCCCUAGGAAAGAAAGAAGGCCUAGCAUGUUCGAGAAGGAGGCAUAUGCACAGAUUUUAAGAGAAAGACUGAGAGAGUCAAUUCAUGAUGUUCAGUAUGUGGAGCCUCCUUUUGAUGACUCAAUUGCUGAUAUAGGUAAAGAAUGGAAGAGUGCCCUGGCAAAAUUAAAGUUUGCUAAUUCAUACAGAAUGGAGCCAUUGAAGAAAUUCCAAGCUCAUUCAGUAGAAACUAAAGUCCAGCAGAUACUAACAAUUGCCAGCAGAUGGAUCUGGGACGUUGCAUGGGACAGCUGGGUUGCAGCAAAACACGAAGCAGAAUCCUACGUGGCACUGGUCUUGGUGUUUGCCCUUUAUUAUGAAUAGCUCAUUACAGGUUUGGGGCUGGAGCCUACCUUUCUCGAAGCACGAGAUCAUGUGAAAAUUGUGGAUACUGGUCAGGUACAAUGAUUCACUCCUGUAAUCCUAUACAUGGGAAGGCCAAGGUGGUAGGAUUGCUCUAGCCCAGGAAUUUGAGACCAGCCUGAGCAACAUGCUAAGAUUCCACAUCUAAAAAAAAAAAUAAAAAGGGGGGGGGUGACAAAAUUGUGGAUCCAAUGUAUAAAUUGGGACUCUUCUAGCAAGGAGGCAGGGUAUGGACUUGUGGGAGGCAAGCAAUAAUGCCUGUGAUAAUCAGUAUGAUUUUCAUCAUUACAGCUGAAAACAACUAUUGACCAGUAAAUAUUGACCAGUAAAAAUACCUAUUAGUUCAGUUAUCUACAAACAAGAAGAUAAAAAUAGCAGAGGAGGAUCUUUUUUUUUCCAUUUAGGUUUGAUAAUGAGUUGGUUUAUUCCUGCCUGAAUAGAUCCAAAUGGAGUUUGGCUGAGAAAGUACAUGCAAGUUUGGCCAGAAUUAUUCUUAGGAAAUAACUCCAGCUCCCUUCUGCUGCCUUGUGAAGAAGGUGCCUUGCUUUCCCUUUGCCUUGAGCCAUGAUUGGAAGUUUCCUGAGGCCUUCCCAGCCCUGCAGAAACUAGGAGCAGGGCUAAGAUGACUGACUGGAAGCAGGGUCAUAUUGGAGGUUCCUACUGAAAAAAACAUAAGCAUGUGAAUCCUUCACUGGCAACCAAGGAACCAGGUUCUCUCAUCAAAAUUGACUAGAAGGCUGGUGUGACCCACAGAGAAGGAAGAGCAGUGUGGUGCCCUGGCCCACCUGAGACCCACAGGAGGAGGGGGAACCCCCUCCCCCACCCCCUAGCCAAGGGAGGCAGUGAGUGAGCAUGCUACCCAGUUGGGGAAACUGCUUUUUCCACAGAACUGUGCAACCACGGAUCGGAAGAUCCCACUCGCGAACACAUGCCACUGGGGCUUAGUAUCACAACCCUGGAACACACAGAUUCUUACAGCCUCUUAGCUGGAAUCUGCUUAAGCCUACUUCCCAGGGGAAGGGGUGACCAACAGUGGCUAUGGCUGCCUGCUGUUUAAGCCAUUUGAGCUCCUUGAGGGAGGGGCAGCAGCCAGCACUGGGACUCGCAACUGCUUAACAUGCUAAGCUACUGGGUAGGGGAAGGGCGGCACCCAUUUCUAUAGCUCCAGGCUAUGGUUUUCCCCUGCUAUAUCCAGGGAGGCUGGACAGUUUGGUUCCAAGACUUGUCCCCACAACCCAGCACACCAGCUGUGGCAGUCUGUGGCUAGAGUGCCUCUUCAGGUCUAACCCUGACCCAUCCUUCCUCAGUGGGUGAGGCUUCCCUGCAGCAUCUCCAAUAGCUCCAGCCAGAGGUUCAGGGACAGAAUUCUGAUCUCCCUGGGCCUGAGCCCCUAGCAUGAGGGGUGGCUGCAGUCUCUGCGGACCAGCAGACUUAGCUUCUCCUCAUGGUAGUUCUGAGCAAUCCAAGCAGCCCAGAUGAGUGGGUUUCACCACAGUGAAACACAGCCUCUCUACCAAGGGACAAAGUGCUUCAUUAAAUGGGUCCUGCUCCCCAUGCCACCCAACUAGGUGAGACCCUCCAACAGGGGUUGUCAGAAACCCUAAACAAGAGCUAUCCUACUGUCAUCAGGUUGAAGCCCCUUGAAAUUAGACAUCCCAGAAGAAGGAGCAGGCACCCUUCUUUGUUACUCUACAGCUUCCUUGAGUGACACCUCCAGGCACGUCAGUGAAUCAGAUGAAUAAGGCCUGAAGUGAACUCCCAGCAAACUGCAGCAGCUCUACCUACAGAAGAGGGACUUGACUAUUUAAAGAAAAACAAACAAGCAGAAAGC